AUGUCUCUCCAGGUCGACGAUCGCGGGAGACGGACUCGCUCCCGUUCACCGGGCCGUCGAGAGCGCAGUCGCAGCCCGGCCGUGCCGCACGUAAUGGAGGCACGCGAGCCGAGCUACGCGUACCCCGAGGACGAUCUCGACGAGCGCGACCGAUAUGCGCUCGCGCGGCGCGCCGACCAAGCAGCGCCCGAACCUCCCGGUGCCUUUCCAGGCGCACCUGGUGUCUCUUCCGCUGGCGGCAUCCCCUACCCUGAAGACGAGAGCCUCUUCCCCGGGAGCCGCUCCAUGUACGGCUACGACAACCGCGCACCAGCGUCCCCCGGCUAUGGCCGCCCCGUCUCACCCGCAGCAGCUGGUGGUCCUGGCAGCUACUAUCCCGAUGCCCGCAACCCUCGUGACCGGCCCGAGGAGCCUCGCAUCCGCACGGCUGAGCCCAGGGACAGCAGGGAUUCACGACCCAUUGACGACGACAAGCUCAAGUACCUGCCUCAAAAAUACGCCCGCCCCAGCAGCCGCGCAGGCCCUGAUGAUCGCGACCGCGACCAGCGUACUUCCCGCGCCACGUCGCCGCGACCCUCUUCCCCUCCUAGUCAAUACAAGUACGCCGAGCCGCCGCAAUACCAGUACGGCCAGGUUGACGACAAGAGCCAACGCGGCUAUGAGAAGCGCAAGGAUGAGGACGACUUGACCUACGGCGUGGACCCAUACGGACGUCGAGACGCAAGCCCCAAUCCGGCCACCAGAUACUCUCAGGCCCCGCCGUCUCCUGGGCCGUCACGGCAGAAGCAGUAUUACGGCGAGUCCAGGAGCGACACGUCGAGCAACGUUCUGACCGUCGAACCUGGCGGCGGUGAUCGCCGAAGCGGCCGCCGCGACAGGUCACCUCAGCCGCCGCACCAGCGCAUGUCUUCUCUGUCCGUCAACAACGCCCAUGCUCCUGCUGCGGGCAUGACUCUAGCUGCCGCUCCUGGGUCACCCCUCCUCGAAUCCUACCGUGGCACCUACCAAGACAUGUCGCCAAUGCCGUCGCCUCUGCUGCUUGCUUCCAACGCCGGGCCGAACGUGAUGGAGCCCCUCUCGCCCCUUGGCUCGGAUGACGAGCGCGGCACGCGGAGACGCCGUGCCCGUUUCCAUGACGAUCCCGAAGAUAACGCGACUCGCCUGGCCAACGCACUCAAGGGCACGAAGAAGGAUAGCGCGCCCGACACGAACCCUCUGAUCGAAAUUUUGCCCGGCCUGAGCCACGAGCAGAUUAUGGAGCUGAGGACCGAGUACAAAUCGAUUGUCAAGACGGGCGCCGAUCGCAAGGGCGUCAACAUUGCCAAGCAUAUCCGCUCACGCCUCAAGGACGCUGACCCGAGCUUGAUGAAGGCGUGUUAUGCUGUGGCCCUUGGCCGCUGGGAAAGCGAGGCCUACUGGGCGAACUUUUGGUAUCAGGGCGACAAGACGCGGCGGGAGUUGCUGAUUGAGAGCUUGAUGGGUCGUUCCAAUGACGAAAUCCGUCUGAUCAAGGACUCUUUCAGCGAUAAGAAGUACGACAAUAGCCUGACAAAGUGUAUGAAGACGGAGCUCAAGGAGGACAAGUUCAAGAAGGCCGUUCUCAUGGUCCUCGACGAGCGCCGCAUGGACGACGUCGAUCAAUACGGUCGACGUUUGCCUCUGGACUUCCACCUCGUGGACCAGGAUGUCGACGAUUUACGCCGUGCAGUCAAGAGCGUUAAAGGCGGCGAGUCCCUCAUGAUCGGCAUUGUUGUGCAGCGCAGCGACGAGCACCUUCGCGAGGUUCUCAAGACCUACGAGCGUGCCUACCGCACCAACUUUGCGCGAGACGCGCUGAAGAAGAGCGAAAACCUUGUGGGCGAACUCUUGGCGCACAUUCUGAACGGCGUCAUCAACAGGCCUGUUCGCGAUGCGCUGCUGCUGAACCACGCACUGACAGCCUCGAAGCGUGACGGCUUGCGCAAAGACCUGCUCAUCUCACGCUUGGUACGUUACCACUGGGACCAUGCGCACAUGGAGGCCAUCAAGCGGGCGUACCGUGAGCGCUACCGCGUUGACCUGCAAGAGGCGGUCCGGGAGGCAACAAGCGGCGAGUGGGGCCAGUUCUGCUACGAGCUGUGCAUCUAUCGCAUGCCGAAUGAUGUGAAGAGAGUAGAGAGGGUUCAGGUACGGUGA